GUCGACCAGCCAGUCCACCGGGACCUUCGACAAGUUCAGAUCCGUCAAGAUGCCUGCCCUUCCGCAGUUCGACUAUCUUUUCGCCAUCGGUACCCUCUUCGCAUUCCUUGAUGCAUGGAACAUUGGUGCCAAUGAUGUGGCCAACUCCUUCGCGACUUCGGUCGCCUCACGCUCGCUCACUCUCAAGCAAGCUAUGUGCAUCGCCUCCGUCAUGGAGUUCGCCGGUGCCAUGCUUGUAGGUUCUCGUGUCACUGACACCAUCCGUACCAAGGUCAUCUCUAUCUCCCUCUUCGAGGAAGACCCCUCCGUUCUCAUGCUUGCCAUGGUCUGCGCCAUCGUCGGUUCCGCCACCUACCUCACCAUUGCUACCAAGUUCACUAUGCCUGUCUCGACUACCCACUCCAUCAUGGGUGGUGUCAUUGGUGUCGGUAUUGCUGCUGCUGGACCUCAGGGUGUCAACUGGUCGUUCAAGGGUGUUUCUCAGGUUUUCGCGGCCUGGGGUAUCGCUCCUGGUAUUUCUGGAGCCUUUGGUGCCAUCAUCUUCUUGAUCACCAAGUAUGGCGUGAUGAGACGCAACAACCCCGUUAAGAAGGCCUUCAUCAUGGUUCCUAUCUACUUCUUCCUCACCUCCUUCCUCCUGGCUCUACUCAUUGUCUGGAAGGGCGGAUCCGCUAAGAUCAAGCUCAGCGACUACGAGUCCGUCGGUGUUGCCUUCGGUGUCGGUGGCGCGGUCGCUCUCAUUGUCGCUAUCUUCUUCAUCCCCUUCCUGCACCGCAAGAUCAUCAAGGAUGACUGGGAGCUCAAGGGCUGGGAGGUCAUCAAGGGACCUCUCCUUCUCAAGCGCCCUGAGCCUCGUGAGCGUCCUGAGGGUGUCACCGCCGGCCACAUCCCCGACUUCUACGAGGGUCAUUUGACCGCUGAGCAGCUCGAGGCUAAGCGCGCCAACGAAGGCAUUGUUGCCCACCACCACACCGUCGAUGACCUCGAGAAGGGUGGUCCCCACGUCUCGCAGUCUAAAAUGGACCGCAGCGACUCUGACAUCACUCCUAUCCCUGAGCCCACCACCGCUGUCAUCAACGACCGUCCUCUUCGCCAACUCUCCAAGCCGAAGAAGACUCCACCUCCCGGUGCCUGGUACACUCCCGCUGUUAUGUGGUACUGGGUCAAGUACGCCGCUCUCCACGGUGUCGAGCAGGAUGUCGUCGACCAGCAGAAGCACAAGGACUUCCUCUCUGGCGACAUCGAGAAGAUCCAUGCUACUGGCGAGCACUACGACAACCGCGCUGAAUACACUUAUUCGUUCCUCCAGAUCAUGACUGCCUCGACUACCUCAUUCGCCCACGGUGCCAACGAUGUGUCGAACGCCAUCGGCCCUUACACCACCAUCUACUUCAUCUGGUCCACCGCAAAGAUCUCCUCCAAAGUCCCCGUCCCCCUCUGGAUCCUCGCCUUCGGAGGAGCCGGUAUCGUCAUCGGUCUCUGGACAUACGGAUACAACAUCAUGCGCGCGCUCGGAAACAAGAUCACCCUGCACUCCCCCGCUCGCGGUUUCUCCAUGGAACUCGGUGCCGCCGUCACAAUCAUCAUGGCCACCAAGCUCGCUCUUCCCGUCUCCACAACGCAGUGCAUCACUGGCGCGACUGUUGGUGUCGGUCUGUGUAACGGCACCUGGAGGACCAUCAACUGGCGCAUGGUUGCGUGGAUCUACAUGGGUUGGUUUGUUACGCUGCCUUGUGCUGGCUUGCUGUCUGGAUGCUUGAUGGGUAUUAUUCUCAAUGCGCCGAGGUGGGGUGGUGGUGUUUAAGAUUGUUGAGUGAAGGGAGAGGGAGUGUGGUAAUGUGUAUACGAAGGAUGGCUUGCUAUGUUUUACGCUCGCUUGUUGUUUGAAGGGAGAUUGUUUCUGCUUGUCAAAAGUCGGCUGGAUACCACCUAGAAUUUUCAAUCAUCAUCGCUCUUUUCG